CUCGCCUUUAUGAAUUGAAAGAAGAGGUAAUUUUUUUUCUUGAGUUCAAAGAAAAACACGAUUUUCUUGACAAUGUUCAGAGAUAACAGAUUUCAAUGGAGGUUGGCUCAUUUAACUGGCAUAUUUGACUUCUUGAAUGAGCUAAACUUGAAACUUCAGUUCAGAAACAACACUAUAAUAAGCAAUUAUGAUGGCACAUGACAAGAAAUCCAUUUGUUGUCGAUGUGCC